UCAAAGGGCAAAAAAGUGAGCAUCUAACAUGUACAUGCAGGGGAUGUGAGAAACUCUCCUCAUUUAAACAACCACACGUGUUCAGAGUCUUCAGGCUUUAGAUCCUCUGCUCUUAUUCUCCACGCAGCCUGUGUUCUUCACACACGCUCUGUCGUUUCUUUCAACUUCCAGAAUAAGUUUCACAGGCACAGGCGCAGGCGCUCACACAUACGCAGAGAUGCAAGCGGUGACGCUAAACCCGUCAUACAGCAGGCCACGACAAGCACUACAAGCCUCUUGCUCAAGCUCCUCAAUAAACUUGCAUCCUACGUCCUUCAAGGGUUGGAAUCUCCGUAGGAAUCGAAUUUCGCUUAUUGGGAGAAGCUUGUUUGCGCUUAAGGGAUCCUCUUGCUCCCUACGCGUUCGUACAUCUACAGGCACACAUGGGCAAGCUAUUAAAGCUGUUGCUACACCAGAUUCGGCAGUGGAAUUGUCACUCACAGCUGAAAAUGUUGAAAGUGUGUUAGAUGAAGUGAGACCAUAUCUCAUGGCAGAUGGGGGUAAUGUGGCAUUACAUGAGAUCGAUGGCAACAUUGUCAGAUUGAAGCUACAAGGAGCCUGUGGGUCCUGUCCAAGUUCUGUGAUGACUAUGAAGAUGGGAAUAGAACGUCGUCUGAUGGAAAAGAUUCCUGAGAUUGGUGCGGUUGAACCAAUUACAGAUGAGGAAACCGGUCUUGAGCUAAAUGAAGAAAAUAUAGAGAAGGUCCUUGAAGAAAUAAGGCCGUACCUUGUAGGAACUGGGGGUGGAGGACUUGAACUAGUUGCAAUUGAAGAACCCAUUGUUAAAAUUCGAAUCGUCGGGCCAGCAGCAGGGGUCAUGACUGUUCGAGUGGCAGUAACGCAGAAACUAAGGGAAAAGAUUCCUGCAAUUGCAGCAGUUCAGCUUCUGUAAUCUUUGCAGUACGAGGUGAGCUGGGAGAUUUUCCUCCUGCCCAGUAUAUAUCUGCAUGGCUCUAAUCAAAAUGCCUAAAAGUGCUUCUGGGUUCAAGUCUUGUACAGAUCAUUUCUCAUAUUUGGUUUAUUCUUGUAAGUCUAAAACUCAACUAAUCAGAGCAAAAUUUCUACAGUAAUAAGAAUCUGAGAUACUGAAAAUUCAUGGCGUUC